AUUUCAUUUUAAAACAAAUAUUAUUGUGGACCGCUCCAUGUGGAACCUGAAAAGUCAGUCAGUUGGAAAAUCGUAGCUUUUGAGAAAAGUGUGCCUAGUAGUGCCCACUGCCCACACCCACUCCCCCACACACCCACACCCCAUACCCUGCCCCUCCCCCCCAUUACCCAUACCCUACCAGAUCCACCCCCACUCCACUGCAUCCCAUUCUCAUCCCCCUUCCUUCGUCCUUUUCCGACCGGAGUCCUGGGACCAGAUGACGGAGGUGAGAUCGGUGGGGAGCCAGACCGACACCGAGCCCGGAAGCAGCAUCCGACUGGGACACAGUAUCGGAUUGGAAGAUGAAUCAGGAACUGAAACCGGAAUCGAGUCCAGUAGCAGAAGCGGAAACGGAAACGGAAGUGGAAGUGGAAGUGGAAGCGGAAGCGAGUAUGAGUCGGAACCGGAGCUGGAACCGGGACUGGAGCUCGGUAAUAGCGGCACGGAAAUAGAGACGGAAUUGGAGACGGAACAAGAGCCGGACUCGGAUCCCGAGCUGGAAAUGGAAACGGAGCCAGAGCCCGAACUGGACUCGGCCAGCGAUCUCGACGAGGAGGAGCCGGAACCGGAAGCGGAACCGGAAGCGCAAGUGGAAGCGGAUGUGGAGGACGUGGAACAGGCCAGACGUCCAAGAAACCGUAACCGAAACCGUAACCGAAGCCGGAGCGAGAGCGAGAGCGCCAGCGGUAGCCAGACCGGAAGCAGUAACCAGGGUCGGAGGAGUCCAUCCCGGAACGAUCUGUGGCUCAGUCUGCAUCACUUCCAGGCCGGCGAGGAGGUCCGUCUCCUGUGCCUCUUCUCCCGUCUCUGCUCCCUGACCGCCGUCCGUCAGCGUCGCACCGCCCUGGAGAUGCGCUUCGCCUCCAUGGAGAACCUCCAACGUGGACGUCUUCUCGCCAAGCGUCUGGUGGCCGGAAGGAUGCAGCUCAAGUGGCAUGUCGGUCGGCUGGCCGGGAAUCCCAAUGGAGGGACAGCAGGAGGGGCAUCAUCGGAUCCAACGGGAAGCGGCGGAGCGGGGGCUGGAACAGGAGCGGGAACAGGAGCGGGAACGGGAUCAGCUGGACGACUGGGUGUCCUUAGCAGACUACGCCGGGCUUUUCUCAACUACUUUCAGCACAGUUGAAAAUCGGAAAAUUGGAAAAUCGAAAAACAAAAAACACAAAACUCCAAAAAACAAGAUUUUGGGAGUCGGAGGAGUCGAUGGUCUCCACUCGCCUCCCAGUCUCAAGUACCUUUUGUCUUAUAUUACAUUUUAUGAAAUUGUAUAGCUCUUGUGGGAAUGUUUCAAAAAUUAAAGGAUCCAAGUUAUGAUUUAAA